AUGGAUUCAUGCACAAAGGAAUUUUAUGAUAACCUUUUAACAUAUUUUAUGCAAUAUGACCUUUCAUCAUUUAAUGUACGAAUCAUUCCGAUGACUGAAGCCAAACAAGAUUUAAUCGAGUUAUCAACAAAUCCUUUAGAUGAAUGGAUAAAUACACAUUAUGAUGAAUUAUGUGCAGGUAUGACGUGUAAAAAUGCUCUAUUCUGCAAACCAUCAGACAUGAAAGACAAAAACUUUCAAAUGAGCAUUAAGGAUAAAUGUGAAAGGAAACAAAGAAAAAUAGAUGGUAAACAAACAUGGUAUUAUGUUUUGAAAGAAGAAAUGAAAGGAUUAUAUAAACAAAUUGAACCAAACGAUAAUGAGGAAUCAUUUACUGACGAUGAAAUACCUGUGAAUGAAGCUUUAUAA